GGAAGAGAAGUUGUUUGAACUUGAACAUUUGGAGUUUGCUGGUUUCUGCUGAUUCUUGAGGCCUAGGAAGGCACCCCCAAAAGAAUUCAGAGGAUCUCACAAUGUCUCUAUAUUGUGGAAUAGCUUUCAGAGGAAAAUCCUUUUGUUGCUAUAGGCUGCUGUCAACCUAUGUCACUAAGUCUAGGUAUUUAUUUGAACUGAAAGAAGAUGAUGAUGCAUGCAGAAAAGCCCAGCAGACAGGAGCAUUUUACCUCUUUCAUAGCCUGGCUCCUUUGCUUCAGCCAUCAGGACAUCAAUACCUGGUCCCCUGGCUUAACCUAUUAGAGUUGGAAAGGCUCCUGGGUAAGUUUGGACAGGAUGCACAGAGAAUAGAAGAUUCAGUGCUGAUUGGAUGCUCUGAACAGCAUGAAGCAUGGUUUGCUCUGGAUCUAGGUCUGAAUAGCUCCUCUUCCACAUAUGCCUCCUUACCAAAAUCUGAAUUGGAGACGGAACUCAAGGGGUCUUUCGUUGAGCUGAGGAAGGCUCUCUUUCAACUGAAUCCAGUGGAUUCCUCCUUGUUAUUCACGGCUCAAUCUCUUCUCCGUUGGCAUGAUGAUCAUCAGUUCUGCAGCAGAAGUGGGCAGCCCACCAAAAAGAACAUGGCUGGCAGCAAGCGUGUGUGUUCUUCCAAUAAGAUAAUCUAUUAUCCACAGAUGGCUCCUGUGGUGAUCACUCUGGUGUCUGAUGGGACCCGAUGUCUGCUUGCCCGCCAGCACUCCUUUCCCAAGGGACUAUAUUCUGCUUUGGCAGGUUUUUGUGAUAUAGGUGAAAGUGUGGAAGAUGCUGUCCGAAGGGAAGUUGCAGAGGAGGUGGGACUGGAGUUGGAAAGACUAGAGUACUCUGCAUCCCAGCAUUGGCCCUUUCCUAACAGCUCACUCAUGAUUGCUUGUCAUGCAACCGUGAAACCAGGACAGACAGAGAUCCAGGUGAACUUGAGAGAACUAGAGGCAGCUGCCUGGUUCAGUUAUGCUGAGGUGGCUGCAGCCCUGAAGAGAAAGGGCACCUAUAUUCAGCAACAGAAUCAGAGUUUUCCAUUUCUCUUGCCCCCAAAGUUAGCCAUUGCCCACCAACUGAUUAAGGAGUGGGUGGAAAAACAUGCCUGUUCCCUGCCUAAUUAGCCCAGGUAAAGCCAUUGAGAUCCCUCCUUGGAUUGCUGAAGGACAUACCAGAGAUCCAUUAUAAAGGUGAGGUAACACAAGAGGAAGGACAACCUCAAGCUAACCCACAGCAAGACAGCUGUAUCAGCAAUGUUAAUGAAAAAAGUUUCUAAUAAUGGGCCCUCAAGAAUGCCAGUGUAAGCUGCUAUGGUGGUGCAGGCCUGUGGUCCCAGCUACCUGGGAACAUGAGGCAGGAGGAUCAUUUGAGCCCAGGAGUUUGGGGCUAACCUGGGCAACAUAAUGGAACUCCUAUUUUUAAAAGAAUGCCAUUGUGAUAGGAAAAACAGAUGAGAUGUCAACUAUAAAAAUCAGAGGGAAGCAUGAAGAUUAGUGUGGAUGUAGACCUUUGAUCACUCAUUUUCUCUCAGGCCUUAGGAGCAAACAUCUGGUACAUGGCUUGUUAAUGCUGUGUUUCCUGUCUGCCAAAAUGUACCUGGGGUAAUUUUGGUGAAAAUCUUUAUUUUAGUACUGAAAAUAUGUAGCAAGUUUCAAAUCACUACUGAGUUACUUUUUAUCCCCCAGAAUUAUGAAAAAUUGUGCAAUAUAACAUUUCUGAAUUUGUGUACAGGUACAUUCUUAUAUAUGGUAAUCAAAUAAAAAUUGUAUUUCUUUAAGUCAUCUGAAAGGCCGAGGAAGGAGGGAACUCGGAUCUUCCUGGGAGUACUCUGCCAUAAAUCAGAGGUAGUGAGGUUCUGUUGAGGUAGUUGAAUCUCAGAGGGGCUCAAGAUGAUUAAACACUAUUUUUGUGUUCUCAGCUCUGUGGCUUGUUCAAUUUGUGAAUCAGUGAAAGGACUACCAGUUUGCCAUGCUUGUUUUCCUAAGUGUAAAAGAACCACUGUCAUUUACAUACCCAGAAAGUGCUGAUUAAUUUCAGUUAAAGGAUUAGCAAGGAUAAGCAAAGGUCAACCUGAACCAUUUCUUGAGAUUUAUGGGAUAAACCAAAUUUAGGAUAACUCAUCAUUCAUAUAGGCUGAUCUAUACCUUGUCAUAAGUGAGGAGUGUAUUUGGGAAAAAUAAAAUGUAU